AUGUCACUUCUUGAGAAGCGGUUUUCACAACGAUGUACUUGUUGCACUGUUCUGCGUUUAAAAUGUAUUUUUUUGUUUAUGUGAGUUGUUUCGGUCACAAGCAGUUUAAAGGUUUAUAUUUGGUUAGUGAUUAUUAAACGUCGACAAAUGCACGAGUCGACUUGACUUUUAUUAUGUACGAGAUGCGGAAGUUUUGCAGGUCGCGCUGAAGUCACAUGAGAAGUUGUUUUCACGACGAUGCAUUCUUUGCGCUGUGACAUUUAAAGCGUAAAAAUCUUUGUUUGAGACGAUUACAACAAAAUAGAGUUGUUGGCAUGGAUGAGGACGGAUUACCCAUUGUGGGGUCGGGAAUAGAUCUUACAAAGGUUCCUGCAAUUCAACAACGGAGAAUUGUGGCCUUCCUGAAUCAGUUUAUCGUUCAUACUGUCAGAUUCCUGAACCGAUUUUCCACUGUUUGUGAGGAGAAACUAGCAACAGUUUCUUUACGGAUCCAGCAAAUCGAAACAACACUCAGCAUUUUAGAAGCAAAGUUGUCUUCUAUACCUGGCUUGGAAGAAGUGACAGUGGACGGAGUGAGACCGUCUGCGCAGACGAAUGGACCGACAGUGGAUGGCACGAGCCCCUCUACAGGUUCCCCUCCUGAGGUAACUCAGCAAGCACAGGUGGUCUCUCAGGAGCCGAAAGCUGAGGUAACAACGGAAAAUGUGAUGACUGUUGCAAAGGACCCACGAUAUGCCCGAUAUCUAAAAAUGGUGCAAGUGGGUGUUCCUGUCAUGGCAAUUAAAAAUAAGAUGAUACUGGAAGGUUUGGACCCCAGUUUGCUUGAUACCCCCGAUGCACCUGUUCCAGAUGGUGGCAAAAAAGCGAUGGAAGAUCAAGAUGACAGUUCAGGCAGCGAAUCAUCUUUCAGUGACUGAUUGGUCCCACCCCUUGGCCAAUGAGCUUUGUAUUUGAAAGGCCUGCACAGGCCACAAUGAACCUUGCAGGGUAAAUGCACUUAAAUGUCCCAACACAGGACAGUCUUGUGAUGGCACUAAGGUUGAAACAGAUUGUACCAGACAUGAUGUCCCUUAUAGUUUCUAAGGACAGAUGCUCACUGGGUGAGAUGAUGGGUGCUAAUGAUUAUGUUAUAAGUAGUCAGUUUGUGUCUACUAAUUGUUGACUCAUUUAUGUACAUUCUAAUGAACAUCUCAUGCCUGACGUUACAUGACUAACAUUUAUAUCAACAAUAAAUACAUGUCAGUGAUUUUGUUGAAGUUGCCACAUCCAAGAAAUUGUUUAAAAGUGUAGUUUUCAUUUAUCAUAUUAGGUUGUUGAUAAAUUAGAAUUUAAUUACAAAUUUU